AUGACUGGACGCGUGUACCUCUCGAGGACAAAGCCUGUCUUUGCUUCUAUGGCGGUAAAUCAGUUCCUGCUAGCUCGAAGGAGAGCAUAUGCCAGUAUAGCGGACAGGUAUCUUCCAAUCCAGUGGACAGCACGAACUUCGAUCAAAUUGGACAGCAGUUUGUCCGCCACGUUAGAUGUCCUUGUACGCAAACUCAAACCCAUGAACAAGGCCUCCCGCAGCGACAAGUACUACUACAACUCCCAAUUCGCCAUCUUGCAGGUGGAUGAUACGCUUUACAAUGUGCCCCAGCACGCUCUGGAGCGCGAGUCUUCGUUCUUCAGGACGCUCUUCACGGUUUCCCGGGGAGAUGUGGAAAAGAACAGCGACGAUAACCCUAUCCAUAUACCACAGGUAGAGAAGGAGGAAUUUGAGGCUAUAAUCGAGAUUCUUUAUCCUUCAGAGAUCCGCCAUGAAUGGACGCGGGAUCAGCUCGUCGCUGCGCUCAGGCUGGCUCGGCUUUGGGAGAUGGAUGCCGUCGCCCAUUUCAUCGAGGAAUCCCUGAGGAACUUGAAGCUACCCCUAUCGGAAGUGGACAAGAUCAUCCUCGGGAAGAAACACAGCCUCGCCAAACUCCUCGCAGACGGGUACCUCUCUUUCAUGACCUCCGACACGCCUCUCAGCGUCGAGUUAGCGAACCAGAUCGGUUGGGACAGUAUAGGGCACAUCGCCUUCGUGCGGCAAGAGUUCAGGCAGGAUUGGCGGUUUAAACCGAAGCUGGUCUGUAGCAUCUCGGGCGCUCAGUGCUCCCAGCCCGGUUGUGGUGGUUACCUUACGAAGGACAACCCCAGGGGCCGUAGUAGUAGGAUAGAGGACCUUGGGUGCCAGAGCUGCAAGACGAUGUCGAGCAUGGUGGUGUUGAGUGAUGUUGAGAAGGAGCUUCCGACGGAGGCUGACCCUGAGGACGUGCGGAAAGCCCUUGAAAAAGCGUUGUCGCGCGUUUUUCAAAGUUCCGGGGAGUCGAAGGGGUCAGAUUGA